AAAUAGCAGAAAGAAUUUAAGAAAACAAGGGAGCGUUUUCGAUUUCGAGUUCGGAGAUAUUGCCGGCGUGUGUCUUUAAUUGUUAAAUAGGAACUUUAGAGUCUUGGAAAGGCCUGUUCAUGUGUAACUCAAUACGGUUUAGGAUUUAAAACCAUAAAAAAUAAUCACACAAAUUAAAAAUGAUACGAAUUCAAAGGCCUUGUUUUUGGACAUUCCUGUCUGUGGUUUGUUUGCUGAUUUGUCAUGUGCAGACAGUUGAUAGGAACAACUUCAAGAGCUGUGAACAGAGCAGUUUCUGCAGACGGUGUCGCAAGAUGGAGGCAGGCAGGUCAGUGUACGAGUUGCAGCUCGAGACACUGCAAGUGACGGAGAGUCAAGUGGUGGGGACAUUAGUGAACACAGACAAUGGCACUCACUUUCACACAACUCUGACGGCGCUCACCGACGGCCGGUGGAGGCUAGAGGUGGACGAGGCGCAGCCGCAGCGAACACGAUACAGAGUGCAGCACAGUCUGCAGCAAGAACCACCCAGGGACAGGCUUGAAAUAGCGGAAAAGACAGAGAACUCUGUAACAGUCAAGUGUGGCGCCAACAAGGUUGUGUUGGUGGGAGCUCCGUUUCGCCUUGAUGUUUACACUGGAGAUGUUCUCACUAUCAGCGCCAACGCCCGGGGACUCAUGCGCUUCGAACAUCACCGCAACAAGCCUCAACAGACUGGGGAGCAGGAGGGAGAGCACAUAGAGAACAAUGAGAUCACAGACCCUGGAGCAUGGGAGGAGAACUACAAAAGCCACCACGACAGCAAGCCACGGGGCCCUGAAGCUGUUGCGCUCGAUUUCUCUUUUGUUGGCGCAGAACAAGCUUACGGUGUGCCGGAACACGCUGACUCUCUAGCACUUAAGUCAACUGGGAAAGGAGACCCGUACCGCCUGUAUAACUUAGAUGUCUUUGAAUAUGAGAUCAACAAUGGAAUGGCCCUAUAUGCUGCAGUGCCUUUCGUUCUGGCUCAUAGUGCCGCACACAGUGUGGGAGUGUUCUGGCACAACACAGCAGAGACGUGGGUGGACGUGGUGAGCAACUCUGACAACAAUGUGGUGUCGUCCAUAGUCAACUUUGUGUCAGGCAGUUCCAAGGAUCCUCAGGUGGACGUACACUUCAUGUCGGAAAGUGGAAUCGUAGAUGUGUUCUUCAUGACUGGUCCUCGACCACAUGAUGUGUUCAGGCAGUACUCUGCGCUCACUGGGACAGCUCCACUGCCACCGUACUUUGCGCUGGGCUACCACCAGUGCCGCUGGAACUACAAUGACCAAGAAGACGUGGACAUGGUCAACAGAGGGUUUGACCACUACGACCUUCCCAUGGACGUCAUCUGGCUGGACAUCGAACACACAGAUAAUAAAAAAUAUUUCACAUGGGACAACUACAAAUUCUCCAAGCCAACAGAGAUGCAGCAGAACCUGACUGCUGUGGGACGCAAGCUAGUGGUGAUCGUGGACCCUCACAUCAAGCGAGACAGUAACUACUUCCUGCACAAUGACGCCACUGACAACGGCUACUAUGUCAAGAACAAAGACGGCAGCGAUUAUGAAGGAUGGUGCUGGCCCGGAUCGUCCAGCUAUCUGGAUGUUGUCAACCCAGUAGUGAGGGACUAUUUCUCCUCCCGCUACAGUCUGGCCAACUACCAGGGCUCUACUGAUAACUUGUUCAUCUGGAACGACAUGAACGAACCGUCCGUGUUCAACGGCCCAGAGGUCACCAUGCCCAAGGACUGUAUACACCACGGAGGAUGGGAGCACAGGGAUAUUCACAACCAGUAUGGCCAUCUCAUGUUAAUGGCCUCGUACAACGGGUUGCUGAAUCGAGCAGGAGAGACUGACCCGGCCAAGCGCAAACGUCCUUUUAUCCUGACCCGGUCGGGCUUCGCCGGGACCCAGAGAUACGCAGCUAUCUGGACGGGAGACAACGCUGCAGAGUGGAGUCACCUUGCCGUGUCUAUACCAAUGUGUCUGUCUCUGGCCAUCAGUGGCUACAGCUUCUGUGGCGCCGAUGUCGGAGGGUUCUUCAAGUACCCGGACAGCGAACUGUUCAUGAGAUGGUACCAGACUGGAGCUUUCCUACCCUUCUACAGAGCUCACUCUCACCUGGACACCAAGCGUAGGGAGCCUUGGUUGUACGACGCCCAGACUCUGGCUGUGGUGCGAGACUCCCUCCGACUCAGAUACACGUUCCUACCGUACUGGUACACAGUGUUUUACCAACACAACAUGACUGGGGCUCCUGUCAUACGUCCUCUAUGGGCUGAGUUCCCUGAAGACAGACCUACGUUCACUAUUGACAACCAGCUUAUGAUCGGUAACGCCAUCAUGGCUAGACCAGUGACAGAGUCCAAGGUUCAGCAAGUGUCAGUGUACUUCCCUGGGGCUGAUGAGAUAUGGUACGACCUGGACACAUUCCAAGCUAUACACACCCACUCCGUCGUCAACAUACCAGUGGAUAUACAUAAGGUACCUCACUAUCAACGUGGAGGCACCAUAGUUCCUCGUAGGUUCAGAGUCCGAAGAUCUUCAUCUCUGACACACGAAGAUCCGUACACACUUAUUGUGGCGCUUGGCAUCAAUGGUACUGCUCACGGUAAUCUGUACAUUGAUGACGGAGAAACAUUCCAGUACCUACACAACCAAGGACUCUACUUAGACUUCAAAUUUGAGAACAAUCAACUCACUUCAUCGUUUGCACUGCCAAACCAUCACUACCCCACCAAGGCUUGGCUGGAGAGGGUGGUUAUAGUUGGACUACCUCCGGGAACUAAGAAAGCAAAGGCAGUUUCUAGUGAUGGGAAGUCAAUAGAGUUAGAGACGCUGUAUGACAGCUCUCUUCAGCUUCUGACAGUAAGGAAGCCUGGACUGAGUAUGGCGUCGGAAUGGAAGAUCACUCUUCUGUAACACAACGCUAACAAUCGACUGAGACUCUUAAAUGUUUUAUAUGGCCCUUUAUACAAACAUUGAGCAGUUACAGGGAUCGAUACAGUGCGGGUGUUUGUAUCUAUUCUUAUCAUUCGGUUAUUUCUGGUGAUAAAUAGUGUAAGUUUCCAGUGUUAGUUUUAAGUUAGAUAUUGUCAGUUUAUUGUUAGGUAGUUUGAAAAUUUGGUUGUGUUUUGUGAGUAUCUUUCCUCUUUUUUACUAGUUUUGAAUGGUUUCUUUAUUUACUGAUGUAUGACAUUGGCUUGCUUGUCUUCAAAAGUUUGUAAAAGGUAUUUGUGUCCGUUUUCUUUUAACUUUCGCCAUUAUUAAAAUAAAGUUCAUAAUUCAUAUUAUUCUUAAUAUUUAGUUUAAUACAAAUGAAUGAAUUAAUUAUUUCCUAUUUGUAAUAAAACAAGAAUAUUUUACUGGUUUCCUUUCAAUAAAUUAGAGAAUUAAGAAUUUAAAAUUGAAUUGAACCAUGGCACACUGUCGAUAAUCUAAUCGGUUGUUUAGAACAAGCAAUAUCAACAAUGGUGUGUAAUAGUGACGUUCAAAACACAAGUUGCACAUAAAUCCACUAAACUUUUGUAGUAUAUGAUGGUAUCAUAGACUUAACGUUUUAUUUAUGGUUCUAAUUAAAUAGUUUUAUUACUAUUUUUUUAUUGCUACACAUUUGUUUGAGCUCAAGAUACAAGUAAUAUAUAUAUUUUUUAUUUUAUUGUACGGUAAUGAUGUAACUGUAGUUUUACCUUUUUUAAUGUGCUGUAAGAAAUAAAAAUAAUUGUAAUUUUUUAUCGGAAAAAAUAAUUUUUUUCAUGGAUAUGAACAAAAACAUCAGAUGGCCUGUUAUAUGUAUACAAGUUGUGAAAAAGAAAAUAAAACAUUUUCACACAUA